AUGGCUCUAUCAACUACUGCUAUGUACGGUGCGGAUGAAGCAAAUUUGCCAAUGAUUUCGUACGCUGAUCACGUCGGAUCGAGUGCAUUGAUGAAUGAUUAUCAUCAUUAUGGAGGACUGCCAGCCCCGGCCUAUUAUCAGCAGAUGACGAAUAUAUAUCAACACAGUCAGCAACAGAUGUACAAUCCGAGGAGUUAUGACUGGACCCAAGAGUUGCCGAAUAUGGAGGAAAAUAUUCAUUUGCAAAAUUAUAAUGAUAUGCGAUCUUCUGAUUGUUUGGAUAACGCAGAGACAUCCGAUAUACGAUCUUGCAAUAUGCAAUCUGGAGUUGCUUCAGAUUUUAAUUUGGAACCAAUGACUAACAAUUCGAUGGCAUCGUCGAAACGAGCUAGAACUGCAUAUACGAGUGCUCAACUUGUCGAACUUGAAAAGGAGUUUCAAUUCAACAAGUAUCUUUGUCGUCCAAGACGCAUAGACUUCGCCCUCGCCUUCAUCGGGAUCAAACCCGAGUCCAGGCCCUGGUGGAAAAUCUCGCUCGGUGAGUAA